UGGGAGUGAGAGAGACAGGACUCCAAACAGAGAGAGAAGGAAGGACGAGAUAGUGUCCUGCAACAGGUGGAGUCAAACCAGGGAGCUGGGGGACCAAUCAAGGAGACCAGUUACAACAGAAAGGAGAUUCAGAUACAUAGAUUGGGGGAUUGGCACCUCCUGGUGAAAUUUCUCCUCUUUUCUGAACCGUGGGGAUUUGGACGGAGGAAAGGUCCUGAACGACACUGACUGAAACUACUCUUUCUACCUCUAUCUCACACCUGGCUCCCCACACCUCACCCCUCCACGAACAGACUCUCGCCCCUGCCCCUCUGACACACUGGGGUGUCAAUGAGCGGGACCAACUCUUCUGCCUACCGAUCGGAGCGCAGUUUCCACCAGACGUCUUCCUCAUCUUCCUCUUCAUCAUCUUCCUCUUCCACUUCCACCAACCCCUACAUGGAGAAGGGUCGGGGAAUGUUCACGGAGGACUUUGGGUCUUUCAUGCGCCCUCCACAUGAGGACACACUGGGAUUCUCAGGUCGCUCAGGGACUGCAGGAAACAUCAGGACGGUAGGAGACACAUAUCAAUUCACAGUGGAUGUCAGCGACUUCUCUCCGGAAGACGUGAUUGUCACCACCUCCAACAACCAGAUUGAAGUGCGUGCUGAAAAGUUGGCGGCAGACGGUACAGUCAUGAACACGUUUACCCACAAAUGCCAGCUGCCAAAAGACGUGGAGCCCACCUCCGUGACAUCAUCGCUGGGGGGUGACGGGAGCCUGACGAUCAAGGCCCGCAGGCGCCCGGCGAAGCACGAGCACGCACAGACCUUCCGCACCGAAAUCAAGAUCUGAGUCGCUGUGGGACGCCUUCCUCCUCCAGACCACCACACAUUCCCCCAUAUCACCCCCGCCCCCCCUUUAAUGUACAUCACUCUUCUCCAUCCCUUCUCCCCUGGGUCCUCUCUCCUCAUCCUCCUUACGUCAGCUGUCCUCUAUGUUUCAUCUUACCUUCUCAGCUGUUGCUUCCACUGCUGGCCAACUUUUUUUUUUUCAUGUGUGAAUGGACCUCUUUCCACAACUGUUCGUACCUUUGACACCUUCCUCGUUAUGGCUCAGUUGCUUUGCAAACGUGCCGUCAGCUCUCUUUUCUAUCCUCUCUCAUGCCAGCGUAACAUGUUUAAAAAGCAGACUGUGGGGAAGCAAGGAGAAAAACAAACAUGCAUACCAUUUCAGCCUCAUUCCGUAAAAAAAAACAAAAAAACAGCAAUACAUUUUGGCAAUCAUUGUGCACACUUCUCAGGAACAUUUUAAUGUAUACUUUUGGGGAAUUGAAAUAGGAUGACUUCCACACAGUGUGCAUCUUGCAAAAUUUCAAAUUUCUUCUGUGCGAGCAUCUUAGUUAACAAUCACGUCGCAGACAAUGUGGCUUAUUUAUAUGGACAAAAGAAAUAAGAAAAAAAAAAUUAUAGCUAAUAGCUGUAUCCAGAUUGCUUUUCUUUCCUUGAGUUCAGUUGAAUAUCGCUGUGCCUAAGCAGCAAUUCAACCUUUUCAGGAAAGAGAAGGAGAGGGAGGAAGAAAGAGAAACAAUGAGGAAUGGGGGUAUGAGUCAUUGCCAGUACACUCUCAGGUGGUCAAAACAUCCUCUUUUGCAUGUGUGCAUUCGCACAUGGAGACACACACACACACACGCACGCACACAGACACACACACA